UUUGUUCUUAAUGAUCAGUAAUCCUAGUAGAGAAAUUAAUUCCCCGAGCAGCCACAGAGAAAGAACUACUCAUGCUAAUUCUGGCAGGAGUAGGUCUCAGAAGGCAAGAAAGGCAAAUCGGAGGUCGUAUAAAUAACGAUGACACCUCUUCUGAAGAGUUGGACUUGAUGCAGACAUGUGUGAACAUCCGUAACCUGAUGAGUAGGCAUAAACUAAAGAAGGACAGGGUCAGGUUCCUGCUAGUGAACGACAUCAAGCUGAUCAGGGAGAAAAUGCAUAAGUUGAUGGAAAAAGGAAGUGACAGAGAAGAUUAUACCAUUGACGUUAAGAACCAGGGGCAUAAGAGCCCACAAGAUGAGAGGGAACCUGAUGAAGCGAAGAAGGAUUGUAAAGGGGAGAAAGAGCUGGAAUGGGAAUUUUGAGUAUAAGGGAUAAUAACAUCAGUAGAACUCAGAGUGGGAUUGGUAAAACUUCUCCGCUGGUUCUUAAAGAAAUUGAAAUUAUUAAGAAGAAAGAAAUCAAUGGAGAGCAUUCUAAUAUAACUGAGAAAACUGUUCCAGAAGAAACCAUAUUUCCUGAUACAUACCAAGAAAGGAAUACAGAAUCUAUGCUUACUGCUGCUACUAAUCCUAGCUACUGGCAAUCACAGAUGGGAGUUUUAGACCAGUACUCUAUUCCGAUGUACCAGUUUGGGAUGUAUGAUAUGAGUCAGAAUAUGCCACCACAAUUGAGCAGUGACAUGCAGAUCCAGGACAUGCUCAUGGCCCAAGCUAGUUACGGGAAUGUGCCAGGGCAAUAUCCUAAUAUGGGAUAUUUUAAUGAUGCCAAUUAUGUCCAAGAGCAAUUCAAUUCUGAUGCUAACAUGCUCCCGCAAAUGUACAAUUCUGAUUUUUAGGCAGCAGGACUUUCAAAAUCAGUAUUGCUAUGGACCCCAGAUAGGAUAUGGAUUUUCACAUGAGAAUUUGUAUACUGAAGAUCAAGAGAAGAUAGAGCAGAAUUUGAGGUAUAAACAUGAACCUGAGCAAAAUCAGAUUAGCCAAGAGACUACUCAAAAUGUGAAUCAGGCUCCUUGAUCGCUUCAAAAUCCUAAAAUUAUUGAUGAAAAUCCCCAGCUUAAUGAACAAGAAACCCAGAGUCUUCUGAAAGAAAUUAUGAGUGACAAGGAUCAACUCAGUGGCAGUAAUUUUAUUCCUGAGAAUGAAACUGAGGAUGAUCCAAUGGAUGGUACAUCUCAAGAUUACACUUUCAAAAGAGAAAUAGUUGAGAAUAUCCAUGGUCACAGUAGCUCUGAUGAGGCAGAGCCAUCUCAGGAGUUCCAGCCUUCCUCAAUUAAGCUGAAAGUUCUAAAAGGGAACAAGAAAGGCAGAUGAAAAUUCAGGGAGUUUAAGCUAUAUGAUAUCCGACAUAUAUGGCCUCAGUCUUCCAGUGAGAAAAAGAGUUCUGAAAGGGAGAAUAAUGCCCAGAAUUUAGUCUACAAGAACAUUAUAGAUGCUGAAAUGGAUGACGACGUUCAAAGUGAUGAUGAUAUCAUCAAAUGAGCGCAAGCGAAUAUUGUCUCUCUGGAUAGGGCUAUUAAAGAAUAUGUAGCAUUCUGAAAGGUCUACCCUGUCAGGAACCAGAGACAGAAAGUUGAGAGGAACAAAAUCAAUAAGUAUAUCCGCAAUUUGAGGUAUAACUAUAAGAAGCAGACACGUCCAAUUCGAAGGAUGGAUUAGCAUCUUUUUCUAAGUG